CUGAGCCCACAGUGACGGUGUACCCUGCAAAGACCCAGCCCCUGCAGCACCACAACCUCCUGGUCUGCUCUGUGACUGGGUUCUACCCAGGCCACGUGGAGGUCAGGUGGUUCCGGAAUGGCCAGGAAGAGGCGGCGGGGGUGGUCUCCACAGGCCUGAUCCCUAAUGGAGACUGGACCUUCCAGACCAUGGUGAUGCUUGAAACGGUUCCUCAGAGUGGAGAGGUCUACAGCUGCCGAGUGGAGCACCCCAGCCUGACGAGCCCCGUCACAGUGGAAUGGAG